CCUUUGAGGGUUUUCAUACGCAGGAGUAGCCGCCGCCGUCGUCUGCCUUAUCCACCUCUUACCCUGGCGUUUUACUUCCUAUCCUUGCUUAUGAUCUCGUAUCUUCUCAUUUGUAGUUGGAGAAGAAGCUGCCUUAUGCUUUUGGGCUAGGUCCAAAAGUUGCUCCGCUUCACUGAGUAUCAAUGAUUUGUCAUUGAUUGUUCAUUCAGGAGCUCUCUUUGGUUUGUUUGGAUAAGUUUUCAGACAGCAAUACUGUUUUGUCAUUUGGAGUUAUGGGCAAUGAUUGCAUGUUAUUGAAUGCAAUUUCUUGUGUUUAUCUUGUAAGUCAGUAUAAUUUACUGAGGAGCAACUUUGGUGAGGCAUGCACGUCUUUGUAAAUCAGGAUUCAGGACCCAAUUGAUUUUGUAAUUAAGUACGACAGUACUAAUUAAUAACCCACUGGAAGUAAUAGUAAAUAAUUACUUGUUUGUUGCACUUCUGUAUUGUUGGUAUGAUCUCUGGCUUUGCUUCUCAUGCUUACAUGUUUAUUGCUGGAUAUCCCUUCCAGCUAUUAUAUUCCAGAAUUAAAGUCUGAUUGACUUUAGUCUCCUUUUAGAGGAUUAUAUCUCACUAAUUAAAUAAUUGUAACUAUGCGUUUAUCUCUUUUGAUAAGACAUUGCCCCUAAUGAGCUAGGUUUAAAAAGGUUAAUGAUGAUCAUUGCUUCUUCUGACACCUCUUGUUUGAGACGGGCUGCAUCAUGUCAGCUCUUCUUUGAGCAGAGUAGCAAAUGUCUGAGACCCUUUCAUGAUCUAACUGUUAAGCGACUCGAUUUCGAGAUCCUGCUACUUGGCUUUCUAGUUUUUUUAUCCUUUGUUGUACAACCAAAUGAUUCAUUUCUCUUUCACAUUUGUCUUUUUUUUUAAUUGUCCCAAGUUCAUAACAAAUUAUUCUCAGUAGAGAAAGCAUUCAUUUAAUACCAAAACUGCGUCAUUUGUUGUGAUUAUUUCUUUUUAUCAAAUACUUGAACAAUUUUAGCUUCUUGUUCUUGGGCCAUGAUGAAUAAUGCUUUUCUUCUGACACCUCUUGUUUGAGAAGGGCUUUAAUGCAUCUUCCUUGAGCAGAUUUAGCAAUGAACUGAGCCCUCGUUAAUAGUCCUUUUUUGAUCAACCCUAUCAUUAUUCCUUUCGAACUAUUUUGAUUUCAUACAAAAUUCUUUUAUCCAUACAAGCGAAUGUAUGGAGUUGUCAGGUAUGAUCUCUCAUUCUAAGCGGAGGUUGAGCUUUCUGGUUACAUAGAGAAUUGGCAUUCCAGUUGCACUGGGAAAAUGGGAGGAGACAUCCCAUGCAAGUCUUCUGUAUACAAUUACAGCAAUCCAUGGUAAAGAAUAUAUCAAUGAGCUUUUGCUUAAUGCUUCCUACAAUGUGAAGGUGGAAACUCUACAAGGAAGUCGGUCAAAGAUAGUGGAGUUGCUCCUCCACCAUCUUUUUAUCUCUUCUUAUUCACACGCUAUCCUUCUGCUACCAUGUGGUGACAUUCACAACCGAAGUGGGCCUUCACUCUCAUUUCCCAUCACCAGUUCUAUUAUAUAUUCUUCUUUCUUCCACUCUCAAGAUCCCUCUUCUCCUCGUGCUCCGUCAUAACUAGCACACCAUUAAUUUUCUUGGGGGAGUUUUAGCUCAUUUCUAUACAUUGCACGUCAUUCCUUUGUGAGAUGGCAACAUCUUCAAUGCAGAUUGGCAUGGACUCCUCUGAGUGGCUAAAGAGCAUCGUGAUGAGCCACGAAGACAAGGUCAUAGCUGCAGACUACUCCCUGACCUCUGACGAGCUGAUCUCAUGCUUGACACCAAUGCCGGCAACUGAGAAGAGGUUGCGGCCACCACCACAGGAGCAACAGGCCCUCAAGUGCCCACGGUGUGACUCCAUGAACACAAAGUUUUGCUAUUACAACAACUACAGCCUCUCUCAGCCUCGCUACUUCUGCAAGACAUGCCGCCGCUAUUGGACAAAGGGUGGCUCACUCCGCAAUGUUCCUGUUGGCGGUGGCUGCCGUAGAAACAAGCGCCGCCCUGCCUCUGCUACCAUUUUGGUGGCUGCACCAGUGCGACAUCAGCUGCCACCGGCAGUCCCCCUAGGCGGCCUAAAACCAGUACAGCUCCCAAAUUGCUUGAUGAACGAGGGCAGUUUAAAUAUCAUGGAUUGCAGUUACAAUUCUGGCGGGCUUAAUCUCGUCAUGAACCAUGCUAAACAUGAAAUUGGAGAUAUGAACACGCUUGGGCUUUGCAUAGACAGAAGCGCACUAAUGGUGGAGCCUUGUCAAAAGCUAAAGUUUAUGCUGGAAGAUGAGCGUUGGGAUCAUGAAGUUAAGUCUGGUGAUGAAUCCUGGAGCAAUGUUCUCUCUAUUGGGUGGCAAGGAUCAGUCGGCUACUCUAAUGACCAUGGAUUACUAUCAUCAUCGUUGGGCAGAAUAUAAAUUAGGGAAGGCAUCGUAUUAGUAGUAUAAAUAUGUUGCUGCUAAAUCCUUUGGAGUGGAAUUAAGAGACGCAUGCUUAAUUCCAUGUUUUGUUUUCUGAUGAAGAAUGGAAAUGUCAUAACGCUUAAUUUGCAAUCAAGUUAAUUCUCUAAUGCAGUUUGAUGA